GCCGCCGCCGCCGCCGCCGCCGCUGCCGCCGCCGCCGCUGCCGCCGCCGCCGCUGCCGCCGCCGCCGCUGCCGCCGCCGCCGCUGCCGCCGCCGCCGCUGCCGCCGCCGCCGCUGCCGCCGCCGCCGCCGCCGCUGCCGCCGCCGCCGCUGCCGCCGCCGCCGCUGCCGCCGCCGCCGCUGCCGCCGCCGCCGCUGCCGCCGCCGCCGCUGCCGCCGCCGCCGCUGCCGCCGCCGCCGCUGCCGCCGCCGCCGCUGCCGCCGCCGCCGCUGCCGCCGCCGCCGCUGCCGCCGCCGCCGCUGCCGCCGCCGCCGCUGCCGCCGCCGCCGCUGCCGCCGCCGCCGCUGCCGCCGCCGCCGCUGCCGCCGCCGCCGCUGCCGCCGCCGCCGCUGCCGCCGCCGCCGCUGCCGCCGCCGCCGCUGCCGCCGCCGCCGCUGCCGCCGCCGCCGCUGCCGCCGCCGCCGCUGCCGCCGCCGCCGCUGCCGCCGCCGCCGCUGCCGCCGCACUACAUUUGCUUUGCAAGUUGAAUAAAUACUUGCGGAAUGUUCGUCUGCACUACCCAUUGGUGUCUUCGUAA